CAUAAUAUUUUCAUGACCAUGCUUUCUCCUCUUCUUUUAUAAACCCCUCAUAACCUCUCUCUUCAUUUCAUAGCUCAAUACUACUGCUCACAAGCCACAACACAAAACGUCCUUUCUAUCUCUCUCUCUCUCCCUUAAAUGGUCAUGGGGGCUCAUCGACAUUUUGAGCCAGUAAUGAAAUGUAGCACCGAGAGACGAUCAAAUCAGACGGUGGCUGCAGACCUUGAUGGCACCCUUCUUGUGUCAACAAGUGCUUUUCCCUACUUCUUGCUUGUUGCACUUGAAGCUGGGAGCAUCUUAAGAGCGCUAAUCCUUUUAGCAUUGGUUCCAUUUGUAUAUUUUGUAUACGUGUUUGUAUCGGAGGCAAUGGCAAUCAAGACCUUAGUGUUCAUUACCUUCGCAGGACUUAAAAUAAGAGAUGUUGAGCUUGUUGCGAGGUCGGUGCUGCCCAGAUUCUAUGCGGAUGAUGUUCAUCCUGAAACUUGGAGGGUGUUCAAUUCCUUUGGCAAAAGAUACAUAGUCACUGCUAAUCCUAGGAUUAUGGUCGAGCCAUUUGUCAAGACCUUUUUAGGUGCUGACAAGGUUCUUGGCACUGAGUUAGAGGUUACAAAAUCUGGCAGGGCAACUGGUUUCGUCAAGAAACCUGGAAUUCUUGUUGGAAAACAUAAAAGAGACGCCAUCUUAAAAGAAUUUGGCACUAAUUUGCCUGAUUUAGGCCUGGGGGACCGCGACACUGACCAUGACUUCAUGUCCAUAUGCAAGGAAGGAUACAUGGUGCCAGCAAGCAAGUGUGAGCCACUGCCAAGAAACAAGCUGCUAAGCCCUGUGAUAUUUCACGAGGGACGAUUAGUUCAGAGGCCUACUCCUCUGGUUGCCCUCUUGACAUUUCUAUGGAUGCCAAUUGGAAUUAUUCUGUCAAUCCUCAGGGUCUACCUUAAUAUCCCAUUGCCUGAGAGAAUUGCCUGGUACAAUUACAAGAUCCUGGGAAUUAAAGUUGUGGUUAAGGGCACUCCUCCACCACCUCCCAGGAAAGGCCAAAGUGGAGUUCUCUUCAUUUGCAACCAUCGUACUGUUUUAGACCCUGUUGUGACUGCAGUAGCCCUAAGAAGAAAAAUUAGCUGUGUGACGUAUAGCAUAAGCAAGUUCACUGAAAUAAUUUCGCCCAUUAAAGCUGUUGCUUUAUCAAGGGAGAGAGAAAAAGAUGCCGCUAAUAUCAAGCGUCUGCUGGAGGAAGGUGACUUGGUGAUCUGCCCUGAAGGGACCACCUGUAGAGAGCCAUUUCUUUUAAGAUUUAGUGCUCUUUUUGCUGAACUUACAGAUAGAAUAGUGCCUGUUGCAAUUAAUACAAAACAAACAGUCUUCCAUGGCACUACAGUUCGAGGGCACAAAUUGUUGGAUCCUUAUUUCGUGUUCAUGAAUCCAAUGCCAACUUAUGAGAUCACCUUCUUGAAUCAGCUGCCCACGGAGCUCACUUGCACAGGUGGGAAAUCCGCCAUUGAAGUUGCAAAUUACAUACAGAAGGUGCUUGCUGGGACACUGGGAUUUGAGUGUACUAGUUUGACUAGGAAGGACAAGUAUGCUGCGCUUGCAGGCACAGAUGGCCGAGUUCCAUCUAAAAAGGAAAAAGAAAACGAAAAAGAAAAGGCUUAAGAUAGAAGAAAUUGGCAUAAAUUUGCAAAUUUCUUUAUCUCCUUAUUAAUUGUUUUCAUAUGUUUGAAACUUUAUCACAAAAAUAAACAUUUAUCUUAAUGAUGUUCAGUAUAAAUCAAAUAACCUUUUUUUAAAA